AUGUCAACCCCCGAUGAUGGAUCUCCCGUCGCCAUGGCCAUCGACUCUUCCACCGCCGUCACCGUCGCCACCACCACGACUAGGAGAGUUCCGCCUCCGUGCUGGACCGACGAGGAGACCGCCGCGCUUGUCGAUGCCUACAAGGACAAGUGGUUCGCCCUCCGCCGCGGAAACCUCCGUGCGGCUGAUUGGGACGACGUCGCCGCCGCUGUUUCUUCCUCAUCCACCAUGGGAGGUCCGCCUAAGUCAGCCAUCCAAUGCAGGCACAAGAUCGAGAAGCUUCGGAAACGAUAUCGCGGCGAGAAGCAACGCUCUCUUAACCGACCAGGCAAGUUCUCCUCCUCUUGGGAUCUGUUCCACGUACUGGAUGCCAUGGGUUUCGCUCCGGUGACUCCGGCGGCCGUCGAGCCUUACGAUCCGGAUAUGGAUCAUGACGAGAGUAGCGGUUUGGAUGGAUUUAGGGCUAGAUCGAAGAGGUCUGGAAAAUUCGGUUAUUCGGAUUCGCCUCGAGACGGAUUUGGGGUUAGAUCUAGGGCAAAGAGUCAGAUGAAAAUGUACGGUGGUUUCAAGCCGGAGUUCGAUUCAGAUCACGAUUCAGGAGGUGGGUUUGGAUUGAAGAGGAAAUUCAAUGGAAAUCGUGCUGAUUUCGAUGCCGACUCGGAAGAUGAGAUUGUGUUGAUCCCGAGGUCAUCUAGGAUGAAGAAGACUCACGGCAAGCCUUCCUCAGGCGAUUUUAGUGGUGGGUUCCCGUUGAAGUCCUUUGGCGAUCGGAAUUUCAGUAAAGCUGAAGCCAAUUUCUCCCCGGAGCUGGAUUACGAUGAUGAGUUUGAUGAUGAUAGAGCCGAGAGGGAAGGGUUCCACCCGAGAAUUCAAAACUCUAGGAGCUCCUCGCGGGCCAACGGCUACAGCAGAAAGGACGGGAGCGGGAGCUAUCCCAGGAACACUGGUGUCUCCAAUGGCUAUGGAUCGUCGUCUAGGUUCAAGCAGGAGCAGAUGAAUGCAGCAGAUGCUGUUGAGUCUGACCCGAUUGAUGAAGUUGUUUCUUCGGUGAAGAUGUUGACAGAGAUGUUUGUGAGGGUGGAGAAUUCGAAGAUGGAGAUGAUGAGGGAGAUGGAGAAGACGAGAAUGGAGAUGGAGCUAAAGCAUUGCCAGAUGAUGCUCCAGUCACAGCAGCAGAUCCUAGGCGCGUUUGCUGAAGCGUUGAGCGAGAAAAAGAGCACAAACGCAAGGAGGCCUGUUUCGUAG